AUGGCGUCUGAAGCCAGGGACCAGGCCUUUUGGCCCCCGAUCGCAAGCAUAUUCGAUUUUACUCUGAAGUUCGAGGAGUCUAUAUUCACAAUUGCGCCCUCCGGGAUAGCAAUCGUUUCCAUUGCAUGCAUGCUCUUUUACUAUCUGCGCAAGCACACGCUCGUUCGCAAUGGCCUACUCUUAUGGCUCAAGCUCACAUCCGCCUGUGUUUUGAUUGCGAUUGACAUAUCAAGCCUGGUGAUACGCAGCUCAAGAUCCGAAUUUCGCACCCCUACAUCCGUUCCGGCCGCAUCGCUCGAUCUCGUCGCAUCUCUUGCUCUUGCACUGCUCCUACUAGUUGAGCACCGCCGAGCUCUGCGUGAAUCAGCGUUUCUCGGCCUCUACCUAAGCAUCACAUUCCUCCUCGAAUUUGCUAAAUGCCGGUCACACUUUCGCCGUCCCGGCCUGGAAACCCUUGGCGGCCUCGCUGCUGCCGCCGCGAUUAUUAGAUUCGUUCUUAUCAUUCUGGAAGAGAUUCCAAAGACGAGCCUCAUAAUUGAGGAUACGCUGCGCCGGGUUACUGGCAAAGAAGCUUCAGCCGGGUUCUGGACGCGAUCGCUAUUCCUGUGGCUGAAUCCUCUCGUUUGGAAAGGCUAUCGCGGGACUAUUUCGAUCGAUGAUAUUAGUGAGCUCGGCGCGGAAUUCUCAUCCCGGUCCCUGUUCGAAAAGUUCCAUCCCCGAUGGCUGGCUCGAGACAAACUCGCUACUUUAUGUCUCGCGAAAGCCCUGUUGAGCCACUUGUGGAUCUACCUGCUCUGGUGUUUCCUCGCACGCUUGGUCUUCACCGGGUGCUCUUUUGCUUUGCCCUUCAUUCUGCUGCGUCUGACCGAUGUUAUCACUGCGGACAGCAGACACUCGACAAAUGUCGAAGAUUCCCUUAUCGGCGCGACAGUCCUUGCCCUGGUUGGCAUCGGUCUUAGCCGAGGCGCAUUUCAGCAAUUGAACAAUCGACUGACAACGCGAGUACGGGGUGCUCUUGUCGCUGAGAUGUUGGACAAGUGCCACCGUAUCUCGCAGUCUGAAGCUAAAAAGUCGGCCGCCAUGACCCUGAUGAGUACUGAUAUGGAGAAUAUUGCCAUGGACAUAGGUGCACUUUACCGCAUCCCAAUUUCUAUCCUUGAAGUUGGCCUGUCCACAUAUUUUCUAUCGUUCUUCGUUGGCCAGGCUUGCUUUGUUGUUCUCUUCCCUCUGGCUUUUUCGACGCUCUUUGGCUUGUACCUCGGCUCCAAGUCCGGCCCCGCGCUGGCAACAUGGAAUGGCAAAGUCCAGUCUCGAGUAGCUGAGACUUCCAAAAUUCUUUCUCAAUUGCGCGUUAUAAAGAUGCUGGGCCUGGGGCCGACCGCUACCGCUUAUUUGCAGCGGCUUCGCGGGAUCGAUAUCGAGUACUCAAAAAAGUACCGAAUCUUCACUGCUGUUCUUAUGGGCUCAGCCAUUCUCACAGCGUUGCUCCCACAACUGUUGAUUGUGGCGGUCGGCCUCUUUUGGACGUCAUUCGACGGAAGUGCCCCUUCUCAUACUUUGCCGGUGGACAGAAUUUUCCCGUGCCUGUCCAUCGUUGCACUGAGCCAGAAUCCAUUAUCCGAUCUGCUGAAGGCCUACGCCAGCUAUUCACAACUGUUCGCAUGCCUCGGCCGUAUUCAAGCUUAUCUCUGUCUCCCUGAGAGUAGUGAUCCCCGAGCUAUUCACCAAGUAGCCGACGAAAGUGAUGAAGUCCAAUCAUCAAGCGAGAAGCUGAUUGAUCCCCGAGACUAUGCCAUUCGCUUCUCCAAUGCUUCCAUUGCACCGGAAGGUGUUGAAGAGCCUGUUCUACGCAAAGCCGAUUUCAGCAUCCCCAAGUCGACCAUUACUGCAACUGUUGGAGCCAGUGGCUCUGGAAAGUCCACCUUACUGCAUAGUAUUCUGGGGGAUGCUAAGCUUUUUGAUGGAUCCAUUUCGGUUGCGGAAAAGGUCAUUGGCUUCGCCGAUCAAACACCCUGGAUCCAGAAUAUGUCUAUUCGCGACAACAUCAUCGGCAACUUACCGCUAGACCGCGAGCGUUACAGACAGGUCAUUCAGGCGUGUAUGCUUGAAGAAGAUCUCGAGCAUCUCCCGGAUGGCGAUGAUUAUAUGGCAGGCACGAAUGGCAUGAGCCUGAGCGGCGGUCAAAGGCACCGAAUUGCGGCAGCACGGGCAGCAUAUUGUGAUGCUAGACUUGUUGUUCUAGACGACAUUUUCAGCGCUCUAGACAGGAAAACUGCUGUGGCGGUGCUUUCCCGCCUUUGUGGAAAUAAUGGUUUAUUUCGCCAAGCUGGCACAACUGUCGUGGUUUCAACAUAUCUGCCGGAAUGCCUGGACAUUGCUGAUCAAGUUCUCGUUGUUGAUGGUGAAGGUGGGGUCACUCUGGAAUCAAAUUCCCACAGCGCCUCUCUUCGCUCGCGGCUUGAAGAACUAGACCCUCAGCUGACGGGCGUGGCUGAAAAGGCCGAAUCGGAUUCCCAACCUGUGAAGAUGAAGAAAGAAAUGUCUGAUUCCGAGCUUGAGCUGCUCAAUUCACGCCGACGACAAGACAUGAGUCUUUACAAGCUAUUUAUCAACUCAAUCGGGAAGCGCUUGUUCUGGCCAUGGAUUCUCGUUGUGAUCUGUGUACCUUUGGGUGAAAGCAUGACAGGCAUAUAUGUGCGCGUCUGGGUAACAAACGCCCCGAGUGUCGCGCUUUACUACAUCGGCUACGUUGGAAUUGUAAUGGCCGGCACUUUCGCUUCCGUUUGCACAUUCAUACUACUGUAUCGCACUCUUGCUCCACGUUCAGCAGCAGGCUUGCACGAAAAGCUUGCAGACACAGUCAUGCGCUCUAAAAUCUCGUACUUUGCCUCUGCCGACUCCGGCUUCAUUCUAAAUCGCUUCAGUCAAGACAUGAAUCUGAUCAGCUCAGUUCUACCUUCGUCCUUUUUCUCUUUCGUAUACAUGUUGUUCCACAUUUUGAUCCAGUUUGGUAUCAUCCUCGCGGGUGCGACGUACUCGGCAGCGAUCUUACCAUUUAUGUUCAUUUUCAUCUGGUUCUUGCAGUACUUCUAUCUUCGUACUUCCAGGCAGAUGCGUCAUCUCGAUCUCGAGUAUAAAACGCCGCUGUAUACACACUUCGCCGAAACAGCAAGCGGACUCCGGCACAUCCGUGCUUUCGGAAGAGAAGCCGACAAUUUCGAGAAAAGCCUUGGGGCUCUCAAUAUCUCACAGAAGCCUUACUAUGCUAUGAGCGCUAUUCAACGCUGGCUUAGCUUUUACUUGGAUAUGUUCGCCUGCACCAUUGGCACUACUGUCACGGCAUUCGCGCUGAAGUUUAGUCAAACUACAUCGGCUCCUGCUCUUGGUCUCUCGUUUCUGAACCUGGUUUGGUUCGGCCUGGCUCUCGGGUUCUUCAUUUCUGCUUGGGUUGGUCUCGAGACCUCAGUUGGAGCGCUUUCUCGCCUACGCGAGUUUCUGGACCAUACACCUGUGGAAUCCCAAGUGCCACACAAAGACUUGCCCCCAAACUGGCCAGAGCAUGGCGGUUUACAAUUCAGAAACGUGACAGCCAGGUAUAGCAACGACGCGCCCCAGGCGCUCAAAGGCGUUUCCUUGGUAGUUACCCCGGGCACUAAAGUUGGUAUUACUGGACGAACAGGAAGUGGCAAAAGUUCCAUGCUCUUGACUCUGCUCGGAUUCCUCGAGUACAGCGGCACAAUUGAGAUUGACGGUGUGGACAUCUCCACCAUCCCGGUGGAUGACCUUCGCGCCCACGUCACUACUGUGUCUCAAGAGAAUCUGGACUUCGGUGGUUCAGUCCGCAACAGCCUGCUUCCUUUCGAGCUAGACAAAGCAGAGGCAGACCGGGACACCAAGGAAGAAGACGCCGAGAUCCAAAUAGUGCUGGAGCGACUCAAUAUUUGGGACGCAAUUGUAAGGCAGGGCGGCCUAGAGACGAAAAUGGACACAGUUGGGUUGUCGCAUGGUCAAUUGCAACUAUUUUCCAUUGCACGGGCAAUCCUUCGACAAAGAAAGAUCAAAGGAAAGCUGGUGCUCAUGGAUGAGGCGACGAGCCACGUUGACAUGAAGUCAGAUGCCGAUGCGCAAAAAUUUUUCAAAGAGGCGUUCGCGGGGUGUACCAUCCUGAUGAUAGCGCAUAGACUUGAGACCAUCGAGGACGCGGAUCUUUUUAUUGACUUGUCUCACGGUGUUGCGGAGAUAGUGGAGAAGUAG